GCCGGAAAUGGAAUCAGGAAAAAAAAGAAGCUGAACCGUCAAAACAUAAACAGAGCACUAACCCUUGUGGAAACGCAGCUAGGUGGCUUUGUAGUCUACUUUCCCCUCAAAACCCUUUAUGCACGUAUUCCUAAUGUCGUGUGCUUUCCUCCAGAGAUUUCCUAAUCGAGGCACUUAGCUGAAGCGCUAAGUUGUAAGGUGAAGACAAUAAAUCUGCAGUAAAGAUUAGGACUGAACUAAGAAGUACGCCUCGUCGGGCCUUCGCGGAGAGGCUCUCCUCAGGGUCGAGGUAGGACAAAGGAACCGGGAUGGCUGAGACUGACGGCAAAUCCAGUGUGCUGAACGGUGGGUCUGAGGAGCCGGAACCAGGAGAGGACAGACGGGGGGAGGAGGAUGCCUCUGGAAGCAAAGAGGGACAGACACAGGCUUCCUCUCCAGCUGCUCCCAAAGAGGCAGGUGAGGCGUCUGGAGACAAGCCUAUGCCAGAUGUGGAGGGAGAGACAGGAGCAAGCAGAGAGGGAGAGGAGGAGGAAGACACAGACAGCAUGGAUGGCAGCGGCCUCUACUCCCUGACUGAGGAUGGUGAAAGAGAGAGCGAGGGAGGCAGAAGAGAGAGAGCAAAGGAGCAGGAUGGUGGAAAGAGGGCUGCCCGAAAGCGAAACAGACCCGGUGGCGGCACCAACCACUCCUCCAGCUCAGAUGAUGACGAGGAUGACGAGGAUGAAGAAGACCACGAAGAGGAGGAGGAGGACGAGCAGGCCAUGGAGGCGUGGCUGGGAGCAGAGUUGCGCGACUUGCGCGGCCCCACAUGGCGGGCCGUGCCCUCGCUGCGCUCCAGAGAGAUCGGCAGGGACUCGCACCAGUUUGUGAGGCGCGUGUGCGGUGCCCGCGGCCUGGUGCAGAGGCUGGAGCUCCAGGGCCGCCUGGAGAGGCACACAGGCUGUGUCAACACGCUGCACUUCAACCCUUCAGGCACCCGCCUGGCCUCGGGGAGCGACGACCUGAGAGUGGUGAUCUGGGACUGGGCCAUCCGCCGUGCCGAGCUUGAGUUCGACAGUGGCCAUAAGAGCAAUGUCUUUCAGGCUAAGUUCCUGCCCCACAGCGGAGACUCCACCCUGGCCAUGUGCGCUCGAGACGGGCAGAUCCGAGUGGCCGAGCUGUCUGCCACCCAGCGCUGCAAGAACACCAAGAGGGUUGCACAGCAUAAAGGGGCAGCACAUAAACUGGCCCUGGAGCCGGACUCCCCCUGCUCCUUUCUGUCUGCUGGUGAGGAUGCUGUGGUGUUCAGUAUUGACUUGCGUCUAGACAGACCUGCCAAUAAACUGGUGGUUGUAAAGGAGGGCGAUAAAAAAGUAGGACUGUACACCAUCUUUGUGAACCCGGCCAAUACACACCACUUUGCUGUUGGUGGGAGAGAUCAGUAUGUCAGGAUCUAUGACCAGAGGAAGAUUAAUGAGAAUGAUAACAAUGGUGUGUUGAAAAAGUUUUGUCCUUCUCACCUGGUGUCCAGUGAGUCCAAAACCAACAUAACCUGCCUGGUGUACAGUCACGACGGCACAGAGCUCCUGGCCAGUUACAACGAUGAGGACAUCUACCUUUUUGACUCCAGCCACAGUGACGGGGCUGACUACCGCAGGAGAUACAAGGGACACCGCAAUAACGCCACAGUGAAGGGGGUGAACUUUUACGGGCCGUGCAGUGAGUUUGUGGUGAGCGGCAGUGACUGCGGACACAUCUACCUGUGGGACAAGUACUCUGCUCGCAUCGUUCAAUUCAUGGAGGGAGACAGAGGAGGAGUGGUGAACUGUUUGGAGCCUCAUCCCCAUCUGCCAGGUAUGGCCACCAGUGGCCUAGAUCAUGAUGUCAAACUGUGGGCCCCCACUGCUGAAAAUCCCACAGGACUCAAGGGCCUAAAAGAGGUGAUGAAGAAAAACAAGCGGGAGCGCGACGAGGACAGUGUCCGCCACGGCGACCAGUAUGACACCCAGCUGCUGUGGUUCCUGAUGAGACACAUGAGGAACAGACGGCCCCCGAGGGGCCGUCGCGAGGGUGGAGAAGGAGACACAGAUGAAUCUUGGAGCUCUCCUGAUUCCUCCGACGAAGAAGACGGAGGUCCAGACCACGUCCAGUGCAUGUCCUCCUGAGCCACACACACACACACACCACACACACACACACACACACACACACACACACACACUUUAUUGCCCUAGAACUGAUGCACAUAGGCAAGCACUAUUGACACACUGGCACACUCAAACACUGACAGACCACAGACAUGGUUCUCCACACACACACACACACGCACACACUCAUGGAUAUGAAAAAAAAAAAAAAUACAAACAAACACAUUCAUAUAGACAUAUUGUUGAGGGAGAGUGACAGAGAUGCUUACGCCCGGUUUUCCCACUCGACAAAGAGCGUGCGGAUGGCGACUACAGACAGCACACACACUUCCAGAAUCCUGACGUUUUGUUUUGACAGUAGUAUGAAGUGGUCUGACGAGUGCUCACAUCCCUAUAAAACCACUUGGAGGCCCCUGUUUGUCCAUACAUAUCUGUGCUCUGCCCAGCCCCAGAACAACGUACUGUGUGUGUAUGGCGACAAGCACCUCCACGAAGGCAUCCUAUAUAGUAAGCUAUACAUCACCAGCACACAAUCCUUCCUCUCUUAGUAACACGCCCGCUCACUCUCCUCUACUUUUUCUGUGCUGAUCACGAGGGGGUUCAGCAGGGAGGAAGGGCUUAGAACCGCAUCCUGAAACCAUCCCCUAAAUGUGACCGAUUUAUUAGAUUUUAAUUUUCAUUUGGAGAGGGAAACCCCCAGUGCCCCUCAGUGUUUUUUCUUUACCCCCCUCCCCUUCCUCAGUUUUGGCCCUUAUGCAUCAGCAAGUGGUUGUGUUUAUCACAUUUUCGCCCUCCUUAAGGACUACUAGGUGUCGACAUGCUGCAUCACCCCGACCAUACUGCCCUCAGCCCCCCACCCCCACCUGUCACCCUCUCCCUCACUAGUGAGUGCACUUUGAAUCAGGGAUGUUGUAGUUUGAGACGCAGACAAAACGUGCACUUGCAUGUGGGCGGAGGGGCCCAAUAAAUCCGUUGUCUUGUGCGAUGCUUGUAUUUCCCCUGAGAGAAAAAAAAAAUUCACAGUGAAGUUGAGGACUUUUUUUUUUUUUUUUUUAAAUUUGUAUCUUUGAGUUGGGGAUAUUUUGCACUUAGCAGGUGUUUCUUGACUGAGCUCCAGCCAAGAGAAAGGAGAGAGCUUUCCUUUGCUUGCACCAGCGUUUCCCCUCUUCUUCCUCUUCCCCCGCUCUCCAUCCUGACACACAAUCCUUGACAGGAACCCUCGGCUCAGCUCUUUUUUUUCGGAGAUGGAAAAAAAAGCAGAGAUAGGUGGCGGUCGGUGUGUGUAAAAUACAAAAGACUGUUCUCAGGCUCUGUCGGGGGACGUGGGAUAUCUGAAGCCAGUGUCGACCUGGGUCAGCGGCACGAAACGCUUUCUAUGAGCCGAGAGAGAGUAGAGUGAUAAAGGACUGGGUUUGCACUCAUUUCUGGUUCCUUAACGAUAGAUCCGCUCCUUCAGUUACAGAAUGAUAUUUCAAAGGAUUUCAAAGUCAACGUUUGACCCAGGUCUGAUGUUUGCGGCCGGCACACCACUAGCGAGGCCUCUUCUUUCCGCGUCGCAUUGACCUUGACGCCGGCUCAGAGCCAGGAGGAUGGAGGGCGGGGUCAAUAUGCUUGCCAGUUGUUAUUUGUGUGAGAGCGAUAAAGUCCAGCUUUUCUCAUUUUCUAUGAGAACUCUAGUUAGUUGAAUUUAUAUGUACAUAUAUAAAUAUAUAUUAAAAAAAAAAAACUGUAAAGAAAAUAAAAAUCAACUUUAGCAAAUGACGUUUGACUUCCAAAAAAAAAAAAAAAAAAAAGAAAGACGAUGUCAAAACAUUUGAUUGGUAUUGAUGCAGAGGUUUAUAUUCUAUAUGAGGACAAAGUACUUUUAAAAACUCAAAGACUCAAAAAGUUGACUCAAGACAUUUUGGUUCAUGUUUUCCUUUCUGACUGACAUCCCUCUGUUACUUACAGGACAGCAGUCAGUCGGACUGUUUAAUGAAGUUUUGGUUCCCUCUCAUUCAAAAACCAGUAUCUCCUUUUUAGAUCUUGAUCUAUUGUUUAAAAAUAUUGUCAUAUCCAGAUUUUCCCACUGGCUGUUUUUCGUUCUUGUAUACAUAUUACGGCUUUUGAUGAACAAUUUUUUUCCCACCACUGCCUAGUAUUGACCAGUUCAGUUGAAAAUAUGUACGAUUUGUGCAAUAAACAAAAAGACCGUG